AUGCCUGAAACUCAACCGCAAUCACUGGGGACGGAGCCACCGAUAGUCGACACCUACCUCGUGAAGCACAGCAACAGCAUCCGUUUCCUCAUCAUAAUCUACAAAUUCCUGGGCCUGGCGCCGAUCUCCAUCACAAACCUCACGUCGCCGCAUAGAAAACGACGACUCCACUUCCACAACCUGAUGUUCAAAAAAUGUCUCCUCGGUUUAAUUUACAUGUACACUCUGAUAAUCAUCGUGUCCGGAGCUGCUGUCGUCACAGUCCCGCUGCUAAACAAAGGACCUCAGAGUGACGCCGACCUACUGAAUUCAGCCACAACGAUCAAAGGAGUCUUCGGCAUAACCGUCAUGUUCGUAAUUUGGCUGAUAGUCGCCGCUCAAUUCCAGAUGGCCCUCAAGAUUUUGAACAGAAUAGUGGAGAUGGACAAGGAAAUGCUGGUCCUGCAGGAUGUCCGUGCGGACGCAUCCAAGAGACAGAUCGUGAUACUAUUCAUGGGAAAUUGCACCGUCUGGAUAUCAAUUUUCGUCCUGGAGAUAUCUGUCGUCGACGAUUGGUACAAAGUGUGGACGCCGCUGCUCCUCCCCAGCAUGAUAAUGAACUGGUACAUAAUGCAGUACAUAUUCAUGCUGGUGAUGAUAGAGAGCCGAGUUGGCAGCGUCAACCGGGGGUUCCUAAUGAUCGCGAAGCGAAGACUCGCGACCUUCGCCUACUCAACCGCGCGACCCGCGGCCAUGUCCGAGCGCAAAAUGGUGAACCACUUCAUGAUCCUCCGACGAGGUCACGCCAUUUUGGCCGGAAUAUGUCGGGACCUCUCGGCGUAUUACUCCUUUCCCAUUCUUCCGACGAUUGCAUUCCUCUGUUGUGCUACGAUCUACGACUCGUAUUAUCUCAUAGUGCCACUUGUGGUGCCCUCGUAUUACACGUCGAUACUGGAGAUCGCGAACAUGAUAUGCUGGCUGGUGAUGGAAAUGCUGCCAGUUGUCGUGCUUGCAGUGUACGUUACCAGGGUUCUCAAUGAGAUGGAGAAGACUGGAAGCAUUGUUUAUAACGUUCUGUCGCAAUCUGCGCUGACUUACGUGGCCAAAAAUGAGCUGGCGGAGUUCUCCGUUGAAUUGCUGCACAGAAAGGUGCGAUUCACAGCUUACGGAAUAUUUUCGCUCGAUGGGACGUUGAUCAGAUCGAUUUUUGGAAUGCUAGCGACGUAUCUGAUAAUCCUCAUGCAGUUUCAAAUCAAUCAUCGACCGGACAAUGAUGCCAAGCAAGCCACCACUUCACCAAACUCAUCAACCUGCUGA